AAUAUGACCACUUUGUAACAAAGAUGACCCGACAACCCAAUGUUUAAAAUUGAGUUCCGAAGCAAAUGCUGAGUCCUUUCAUCCUCAAAAAGAAGAACCUUUCUCUCUCUGUCCCGGCACACAGAGACAAUGGCUCCGAAGAGAGGUGCGAAACCAGUGGUGGCAGCGAAGAAGAAGCCCGAGAAGGUGACGAACCCGCUCUUCGAGAAGCGUCCGAAGCAGUUCGGAAUCGGAGGCGCGUUGCCGCCGAAGCGUGACCUCACGCGCUUCGUCAAGUGGCCCAAGACCGUUCAAAUCCAGCGCAAGAAGCGCGUCCUCAAGCAGAGGCUCAAGGUCCCUCCCGCACUCAAUCAGUUCACCAAGACCCUCGACAAAAGCCUCGCGACGAACCUGUUCAAGAUGCUGCUCAAGUACAGGCCCGAAGAUAAAGCGGAGAAGAAGGAGCGUUUGUUGAAGAGGGCCCAGUCUGAGGCUGAUGGGAAGCCCGUUGAAGCUAAGAAGCCCAUUGUCGUCAAAUAUGGUCUCAACCAUGUUACCUACCUUAUUGAGCAGAAUAAAGCACAACUAGUUGUGAUUGCUCAUGAUGUGGAUCCAAUUGAGCUUGUGGUCUGGCUUCCAGCAUUGUGCAGGAAGAUGGAAAUUCCAUACUGCAUUGUCAAGGGCAAAGCACGAUUAGGAACGGUUGUCCACAAGAAAACUGCUUCAGUUUUGUGUUUGACGACUGUCAAGAAUGAAGACAAACUGGAGUUCAGUAGAAUCCUUGAAGCUAUUAAGGCCAACUUCAAUGACAAGUAUGAUGAAUACAGAAAGAAGUGGGGUGGUGGGAUCAUGGGUUCCAAAUCCCAAGCCAAGACCCGGGCAAAAGAGAAGCUCCUUGCCAAGGAAGCAGCCCAAAGAAUGUCCUAGAUUUACUUGUUUUUACAAGUUUGAGGUUGUCAUUUUUCUUUAUUUUAUAUGGGGGCAUAUACAAGUUAAAAAUGUGAGGUUUCACUUCAUUUUGUUAGUUCGUAAUCCACAAGUACUGAUUUUGAUCUGUGAUUUUCAGUAGCUAUUUUAUAGACUUAACAUGGAUUGUUUUCCUUUUUCAGAUCAGGAGUUAAUAUUAUCAGUAUUAAGAUUUUGCAGCAAUUUAGUAGUUUUUGGGCGUCUUGUUGCUUAAAACAUCGAUUGUGGCUCUUUUUUCUGGAUAGUUUUUCUAUGUUUGUGA